AGGGGUCAUUUCAAACAGUUUCAAGGGCGACGGGAGCAGCCGCUAGUGGUCAGAGGCAUUGGGAGCUGUGGUUGGAGGCCGGGGUCUAAUAUUUGUGUUUCAGCUGCCCAGGUUGUCAAGCAGCAGUGUGGUGACGUGGCUGAGAGCCCAGGCUCUGGAUCUAGCUGGCUGAGUUCGACUCCCAGGUCUGCCUCUUGCUUGCUGUGUGUCCUUAGACAAGUUACUUUAUCUCUCUGCAUCUCACUUUCCUCAGUUUCUCCCUGUGAGGCUCCCUGUGAGAAACAAAUGAGAUGCUGCACAUGACAUAUUUAGCACAAUGCCUAGCACAAAAUAAGCAAUCUUUAUGGAGUAGCUAUGAAAGUUUAUUAAAAUGAUGCUUAUUAAUCAUCAAUAUUAGUUGUUACUUGUAAGUGGAGCCUGAUUCAUAGGAUAUCGCAUUGGAGAUGAUCAAGUUGACCAGAAUUUCUCAAGGCUGGUGAGUAAGAUUCAUACAGCCCUGCCUGGUCUGCUGUGUGACCUUGGACAAGCCACUUAACCUCUCUGAGCCUCAUUCCUCUGUAAAAGGAAGUGGGUAGGAAUUGGGAAAUCAGACUUCCGAGAAGGGUGGUUGUAACAAUGAAAUCAGACUGCUGCUCCUAAGCCGGUGCUUGGCCUGCUGUGGGGGUGAAUCAGUGUGAGCUUGGGGCUUUGGUCGUGGAGCGCCCACUCGGUUUAACAUCCUGCCCUCUUCAAUUCAGCCGUGGCCAUGUGUUGAAAGAAAUCCCUUUGGUGCCCGUAUCGGAUGCGUUUUGCCCUGGAGAUUCUUGCAGCCCAGGAACACACUUAGAAAGGAUUUAAUUUUUGUGUAAAUUAAUUCUUCAGGAGCAGAAGGAGGGCUUUUAAGCUAAAAAGUUAGUGGCUUCUGAAGGUUUUUCUCUGUCACCUCCUGGUCCCCGUGACGGUGGACCGUGAGGCCCUUUCAGCUCCAGUCUUGCGGCGAGCUUCCCCGAGUGUCCUCUGCAUCACUGCUCGCUGAGCGGAUGGUACUGUGCGGUUGCCAUGGCAGCAGCAGGAUGUGGUUCCCAUGGUGAUGGUCGGUAGCGGCAGGAAGACGGCAGAGGUUUCAGUUAUCUGGCAGCCCCCCAUUCGCCACCGCCCUCAGCAGCACGACACGAGCUGCCCCCACUGCUGCUUUGUAAAAUGGGGAGCCUCAGGGGCUGGCUGCCUCCCCGAAAUGCCGCUGACAGUUCCUGGAAGGCUGGGCUGCGUGGCAGGGUUUUUGCUUCUAAAAGAGGAAGGGGCCGGGUGUCCCCAGGGGCACCUCAGCUAGAGGGUGGUGGGGUGACAUAUGGAUUCUGAAUCUCCCAGGCAGAGCGUGUGGGGAGCUUUUCCAAAAAGCCCCUCCUGCUGGCCCCUUUGGAGUGAACUUUUUUCUCAUCCAAGGCCUUGUUUAUUUGCAGGCAGAUGUGACAUGAUCAACUAAUAGAGAAUCCAAGUGGUUUUUAAAACUCCUGUCCAAUGUUGCAUCCAGAUUUCAAAAUGGCCACCGUUUGGGGAUCCACUGGCUUUUCAAGGGUGUGGUACUUCUCUUCAGUUGGGAGUUGGCUGAGAUGAGGGAAAGGAAAAAAAAAGUUUCUGGAAUGUUCCUUUUCCUUUUUGGCAUCUGAAACCCUCUAGAUAACGUUUCUCAGCAGAAAGGUGAGUGUAUAAUUCAGUGAUGUGCAGUGGACGGAAAGUUAUUUCUUCUUUAUUUAGAACGGAGGGAAGGAACGUGUAUAAGCAGGAUUCGAGGGAUGCUGAUUGAAUUUGAGAGGAAGCCUAAAACGUAGGAGAUUGAGUGUGGGUGGCAUGGGGGCUGCUGGCCAGUGUCAGUGCUUGGAAACACUGUCUGUGAGCCCAAGACAAAGGCGAUGGCAAGUGUGUUUGUCUUUCACUGGGAUCCUGUCCACCCAGUAUGGCAACAUCAACGUGCUCAGGCUGAUCGGACGCUCUGAUUGGUGAUUGGUGACAUCAUUGGGUUUCCCAGCUUGCGAUUGGUGGGUUGGGCACCCGUCAGAGCCUCAUGCCAGGUGGGCACACCUGGAGGGAGGAUGGGAGGGGGCAUUGUUUGUGCCACCCCCCCACCACGGGAGGCCCGGAUCCCCGCCAGGCACAUGUCCUGUGGAAGGCGGGUCAGUGGCAGGGUCCAAAGCCAGCUGUGAUGGGUUUCUUCUUUUUGCAUUUUGAGAAUUAAAAAUAUAAAUACACAAUUUAGGGUACACAGUCAAUCGAGUGUGUUGUUUGGCCACACGCAGAUGUCAAGAUGACUGCCAGGUUCGCUGAUUAAUAAAUAAGCAAGCAGGAAACGGGCUCGUAUCAGAAAACCACAUUUCUACCUUCCAGAAUCGACCAUUGUUAAUAUUUUAUCCCCCUUGCUUUGCCUUUUUAAGCGAAAGAAAUAAAACAUUACUGGAAAAGUUGCAGUCACCUUGACAUUUAUUUCUAGGUCACCUGCUUGCUCCUGUCGCCCCUUGUUAUAUAAAUCUGGUGUGGAUCUGCCCGUCUCAUUGUAAAUACUUCUACACACACACAGUAACCGUGAGCAAUAUGCAGCUUUGGUGCUUUAGGAGGGACUUCCACGCACCUUCCUCACCCUGCGUGAUGUGCCUUUACUUGGAGGGUUCUCCCCGCUGACUCACUUAGGUGCAGUUCAUUUCUGUUCAUUGCUGCCAGGUGACUCUGUGUUUGUCAUCUCGUCAGGGUGGCAGCCUGGGACGGGGGCAGAGUCACCUUUUGGAGAUGAGGGCCUCCAGCCCCCGGACCCCCGGCUGUGAUGUCGUGGGCUUGGCUACAACCCCCCACCCCCCGUUUUGGUCGGACUCCAAAGGCAGGGUUCCUUCACAACACCUCGGGCCUUCUGGUCCCCAGCCAAGCCGCUGACUAAUCCCGGCUACGAAUCCGGGCUCUCGAGUCACCCGGGCCCACGAUGCCUAAUUUAGCCAACUGGGUACAUGGAAAACUCAGUGUCCUACAGUGCUAUUGAAGACGUUCAGCUGCUGUCCUGGGAGAACGCCCCGAAGUACUGUUUACAGCUCACAAUUCCUGGGGGAACUGUCCUCCUGCAGGCUGCCAACAGCUACCUGAGAGACCAGUGGUUCCAUUCUCUGCAGUGGAAGAAAAAGAUUUACAAAUAUAAGAAAGUCCUGAGCAACCCGAGCCGUUGGGAAGUCGUCUUGAAGGAGAUCCGGACCCUCGUGGACAUGGCCCUGGCGUCCCCCCUGCAGGACGACUCCAUCAACCAGACGCCCCUGGAGAUCGUCUCCAAACUGCUCUCAGAGAACACAAACUUGACUGCCCAGGAGCAUGAAAACAUCAUUGUGGCGAUUGCCCCUUUGCUGGAGAACAACCACCCACCGCCAGAUCUCUGUGAAUUCUUCUGCAAGCACUGCAGGGAGCGUCCCCGGUCCAUGGUGGUCAUCGAAGUCUUCACCCCCGUAGUCCAGAGAAUCCUCAAGCAUAACAUGGACUUUGGGAAGUGCCCGCGACUGAGGCUGUUCACUCAGGAGUACAUCCUUGCCUUGAACGAGCUCAACGCGGGGAUGGAGGUGGUGAAGAAGUUCAUCCAGAGCAUGCACGGCCCCACCGGGCACUGCCCCCACCCCCGGGUGCUGCCCAAUCUGGUGGCCGUGUGCCUGGCCGCCAUCUACUCCUGCUACGAAGAGUUCAUCAACAGCCGUGAUAACUCCCCCAGCCUGAAGGAGAUCCGGAACGGCUGCCAGCAGCCAUGCGACCGCAAGCCCACCUUACCUCUGCGCCUUCUGCACCCCAGCCCGGACCUGGUGUCCCAGGAGGCCACGCUGUCCGAGGCGCGCCUCAAGUCCGCAGUGGUGGCCUCCAGCGAGAUCCACGUGGAGCUGGAGCGCACCGGCACGGCCAAGCCGGCUCUGGCGGCCAGCGCAGGCAGCGACAGCGAGCCCAACCUCAUCGACUGCCUCAUGGUCAGCCCGGCCUGCAGCAGCCUGAGCAUCGAGCUGGGCCCACAGGCCGACCGCACGCUCGGCUGCUACGUGGACAUCCUCAAGCUGCUGUCGGACUACGAUGACUGGAGGCCAUCCCUGGCCAGCUUGCUCCAACCCAUUCCAUUCCCCAAAGAGGCUCUCGCGCACGAGAAGUUCACCAAGGAGCUGAAGUACGUGAUUCAGAGGUUCGCCGAAGACCCACGGCAGGAGGUCCACUCGUGCCUGCUGAGUGUGCGGGCUGGCAAAGAUGGCUGGUUCCAGCUCUACAGCCCCGGCGGGGUGGCCUGUGACGACGACGGGGAGCUGUUCGCCAGCAUGGUGCACAUCCUCAUGGGCUCCUGUUAUAAGACCAAAAAGUUCCUGCUCUCCCUGGCGGAAAACAAGCUGGGGCCCUGCAUGCUCCUGGCGCUGAGAGGGAACCAGACCAUGGUGGAGAUCCUUUGCUUGAUGCUGGAAUACAACAUCAUCGACAACAAUGACACCCAGCUGCAGAUCAUCUCGACCCUGCAGAGCACCGAGGUGGGCAAGCGCAUGUACGAGCAGCUCUGCGACCGGCAGCGGGAGCUGAAGGAGCUGCAAAGGAAAGGCGGGCCCACCAGGCUGACACUGCCCUCCAAGUCCACGGAUGCUGACUUGGCCCGUUUGCUGAGCUCUGGCUCCUUUGGAAACCUGGAGAACCUCAGUUUGGCUUUCACCAACGUAACCAGUGCCUGCGCCGAGCACCUCAUCAAACUGCCUUCUCUCAAGCAGCUGAACCUGUGGUCCACUCAGUUUGGAGACGCUGGCCUGCGGCUCCUGUCGGAGCACCUCACCAUGCUCCAGGUGCUGAACCUGUGCGAGACGCCCGUCACCGACGCCGGCCUGCUGGCCCUGAGCUCCAUGAAGAGUCUGUGCAGUUUAAACAUGAACAGCACCAAGCUCUCGGCUGACACCUACGAGGAUCUAAAGGCCAAGCUUCCCAAUCUGAAGGAGGUGGACGUGCGCUACACGGAAGCCUGGUGAAGCCCGGCUGGCGGCGGGAAGGCGUUUGCAACCGCAACACAACUCUUGACUAAUAGCCGUAGAAGAGCCGGGCCUGGGGCCACCCCGGCGUCCCGGCUGGGAGAUAGAUGGGGGAGUCUUUCGGGGGGCUG